AUGGGCAAAUUGGCAGCAUUUUCUGAUGAAAUAGGGUGGAAGACCCUCGUGCAUUCCAGUCGUGAUAUCCACUUAAUCAUAUUGGUUCGUAUGCUUCGUCUCAUGGCAUUUGGCUUCACCACUUUGAUUCUUGUGGUCUUCCUCAAAGAAACUGGUAUGGAGCAUGCCACCAUUGGCUAUUUCAUGACCAUGACCUUUUUGGGAGAUUUAGUGUCGUCGUUUGUGUUCUCUGUCAUGGCUGACGGCUUGGGUAGACGUUUCACCAUGGUGAUUUCAUGUGUUAUUAUGGGGUUGACAGGUGUAGCAUUCGCAAUGUUUACUAGCCCUAUUGUAUUAAUUGCGGCCGCCAUUGUCGGUAUUAUCACUCCCGGAGGAGGUGAGGUUGGUCCCUUCCGUUCGAUUGAGCAGAGCUCCUUGGCAACUUUGGCUCCACACGAGGCCAGAUCCGACGUCUAUGCUUGGUACACUUUCCUGGGAUUCUUCUGCUCUGCGUUGGGUUCGGUGCUCUGUGGGGCAUGGCUUGAUUAUCUUACGGUUAAGGGCUACACGGAUCUUGCAGGUUACAAGCUGAUUUUCUGGGGCUACGCGUUGAUUUCUGUCAUUUCAAUUGGUUUGUGUCUCUUGCUCUCCAACAAGAUGGAAUUGGAGCGUAAGGAGGCCACUCCAGAAGCGGAGGAUACCGUAGAGGAUCAGAACGUCCAGGCCGAGACUGAUGAAUCAACGGCACUUCUUGACCAGCCUAAGAAGCCCAAGUCCAAGUUCUUCCCAGGAUUGAAUGCGGACAUCUUGGCUAUUGUUAUCAAGCUUUCUAUUCUUUUCGGUUUAGAUGCAUUCGCUUCCUCACUUGUGCAAGGAACGUGGCUCUCAUACUAUAUCAAGAAUAAGUUUGAAGUGAGCUCCACGACUCUUGGAUCCAUCUUUUUCAUUACCAACAACAUUGCAGGUUUCUGCUCUCUUUUCUCCACGUCCUUAACCAAGAGACUUGGCCCCGUGGUGACUAUGGUGGUGACACAUUUGCCAGCAUCUACACUUUUGAUUUUGCUCCCACUUCCAAACUCGUUGUAUGUGACAUUGGCCAUUCUCUUUGUGCGAGCUCUGACCCAGAGUAUGGAUGUGGCUCCAAAACAUGUGUUCUUGGCCACUUUGGUGCCUCCGGAAUUCAGAACGACGGUCUUUGCAUGGACCAACAUUGUCAAGACCAUGGGACUGACGUUUGGUCCUUCCAUUACUGGUUACUUGACUGGAAUAUCACUCCAAUGGUUGGCGUUCGUCAUUGGAGGUUCCUUGAAGGUGACUUAUGACAUUGGCAUAUUGGCAACGUUCUUGUCAUACAACAGACAUCAAGAACAUUGA